AUGCAAGAGAAACGAGAGAAGAAAGCACGAGGAAUAGCCAGAAAGGCUAUUCUCAGAACAGCUCGACUACUUGGGUGCAACGAAAAGGAUCUAACGGCCGAAAAAGAAGCACUAGGGUACACCAAUGCCGUCUUCAAAGUCACCAAAGGCACUCAGCGUUAUCUCUACAAAGAGUAUAGCCAGAAAGAUCACCAGGAAAACACCGAACUCGAGUGGCAGAAGUUCUUUCAAUUUCCGCCUAUUCUCUUUGUUUCCCCCGAAUACCGGAUUGACGAGUACAUUGAGCAUUUUAAUAUGAGCCGUAAAAUGGUUAGAGAUAAGGACGUUCUAAUCAAACUGGCCAAAGAGAUAGGAAGGUUUCACAAGACAGUACCACCAGAGCAAAUGGCCGAGCCCUUUCUAGAUUUAAUAAAGAAGACCCGCGAGCGAGUCAGUAAGCGGCUGAGGAGUGAUCGCUUUGUCGAUAUUUGCCAGAAGAUAGAAGGCAAAAUUCAGAGCCUAUUAGAUAGCAGUUUAUUUUUCAAUCGGCCGUGUUUAUGCCAUAAUGAUAUCCAAUUUGGCAAUAUUUUGGUUCUACCCGAUAAGACUCUUAAACUGAUUGAUUUUGAGCACGUAGCUCUAAACUAUCCAACGGUUGAGAUCGCCAAUUUAUUCAAUGAAAUGAACACUAAUUACCAAAGAAAAGGGGCGCCAGUCUCGACUAAGUCACUACUUUCGCCCGAGCUCGAGCGUUUGUUUAUCUCAGAGUAUUUGAAAGAAGUAAAGGCCAAGUGUUCAGUUGAUGAUUUUCUGAGCGAAGUGGAGAGGAUGAAAUGCAUUCCACAAUACUAUUGGAUUCUUUGGGCGAUAAACGAGUAUUUAGGGAGGAGUAAUUCUAAGGGAAGUUUUGACUACUUCACAUUUAUGUCCCACCGACUCGACUUGUUGCAUAAACACAAACUAAUCACUAUAACCAGUAGCAAGGAGAUUAAAAAGGCAGUAUUAUACAGUCUUUGA